GGACAGCACGCCGCCACCAGCCAGGGCCCCGGGCCCCCGCCCCGCACCUGAGUCCCGCCGGCCUUGAGCCGCGCUGCGCUGCCCAUGGCGCCCCCGCCUGGAGUCCCCAAGAGCCACCCAGACGCCUGAGCCCCCGAAGCUCUCCCAGCCACGCGCCCACCCAUCAGCCCACCAGGCGCCGUCGCCUGCCGCUCUCCCGGGCUACCCGGCCAUGUCUCCCGCCUGGCUCCGACCCCGACUACGGUUCUGUCUGCUCCUGCUGCUGCUGCUGCUGGUGUCGGCGGCGCGGGGUUGCGGGCCGGGCCGGGUAGUGGGCAGUCGCCGGAGGCCGCCUCGCAAACUCGUGCCGCUUGCCUACAAGCAGUUCAGCCCUAACGUGCCGGAGAAGACCCUGGGCGCCAGCGGGCGCUACGAAGGCAAGAUAGCGCGCAGCUCGGAGCGCUUCAAGGAGCUCACCCCCAACUACAAUCCCGAUAUCAUCUUCAAAGACGAGGAGAACACGGGUGCUGACCGCCUUAUGACCCAGCGCUGCAAGGAUCGUCUGAAUUCGCUGGCUAUCUCUGUCAUGAACCAGUGGCCAGGUGUGAAGCUGCGGGUGACCGAAGGCUGGGAUGAAGAUGGUCAUCACUCAGAGGAGUCUUUACACUAUGAGGGCCGUGCGGUGGAUAUCACCACCUCAGACCGCGACCGAAAUAAGUACGGACUGCUGGCACGCUUGGCAGUGGAGGCCGGCUUCGACUGGGUGUAUUACGAGUCCAAGGCCCACGUGCAUUGCUCUGUCAAAUCUGAGCAUUCCGCCGCUGCCAAGACGGGUGGCUGCUUCCCUGCUGGAGCCCAGGUGCGCCUAGAGAAUGGGGCGCGUGUGGCCCUGUCAGCUGUGAAGCCAGGAGACCGGGUGCUGGCCAUGGGGGAGGAUGGAAACCCCAUCUUCAGUGACGUACUCAUUUUCCUGGACCGUGAGCCAAACAGGCUGAGAGCUUUCCAGGUCAUUGAGACCCAGGAUCCCCCACGUCGGCUGGAACUCACGCCUGCGCACCUACUCUUCAUUGCUGACAAUCACACGGAACCAGCAGCCCACUUCCGGGCCACGUUUGCCAGCCACGUGCAGCCAGGCCAAUACGUGCUGGUAGCUGGGGUGCCCGGCCUACAGCCUGCUCGGGUGGCGGCUGUCUCCACCCAUGUGGCCAUGGGGUCCUAUGCGCCACUCACGAGGCAUGGGACACUGGUGGUGGAGGAUGUGGUGGCCUCCUGCUUUGCAGCUGUGGCCGACCACCACCUGGCUCAGCUGGCCUUCUGGCCCCUGCGACUGUUUCCCAGCUUGGCAUGGGGCGGUUGGACCCCAAGUGAGGGGGUUCACUGGUACCCGCAGCUGCUCUACCGCCUGGGGCGUCUCUUGCUAGAAGAGAGCAGCUUCCAUCCGCUGGGCAUGUCUGGAGCAGGAAGUUGAAAGGACUCUAACCACUCCCCUCCUGGAAUUGCUAAGCUGGAUCCAAAGGCCUCCUCGCCAGGAAGGCUCUGACCCUGGAAGGCACCUGGCUUGAGGGCGCUGGUCUCCAUCCUCUGUCCAGAGCGGAGACACCAUCGAGACCUGACUAGGUGGUGCUGGGCCCACACCCUUAUCUCGGUGUAGUGGUAGAGCUGUGAACUGAGCUGACUGGGGAUGGCUCUCUUUUCCCAGAGACCUUGAAACCCAGCGAGCCCUCACUGUGGCUCUUCACCUCCCACCUCCUUACAGGGGAGGACCCGUUCCAUCUGCCUUUGGACUGCUUACGCCAGUGUUUCUUGGGGCCUGGGUUUGUGAUGUCCCUGUUGGCAACUGGUCACAGUAUGAAGAGAGUCUACCUGUCUGUAGGCUUACAACCUCAGUUAAUGCUGCUAGAUUCCCUAGGAGCCAGUGGGGAGUUGGCUGGACUCAUUGCCUUCCAGAACUGAAAGACCACAGCCACCCUGGCCAUCCUGAAACAUGACCUUUAUCUGAAGGCCACACUCCUCCAGACACCUCCCCAGAGUCUCUGUUCCAGGUCGUGUUACCCUAGUGCCUAGGACUGGGGGAGGAGCCUGGGUACCCUUGCCACCCCUGCCCAGGCUAAUCUCCCUUUUCUGCUGAACCCCAACCCCCAACCCCUCCUCCAGUCUGCCUCCCUCACCUUAUUUAUUUGUAUGGAGGGGAAACCCAUGGGAGAAU